AUGAGGACAGGGAGGAAAAAGAGGUUGCAUUUUAGCAAGAUCUACUCGUUCAAGUGUGGUAAAAAUACAUUUGAUGAUGACCAUUCACAGAUUGGGGGUCCUGGAUUCUCAAGAGUGGUUUAUUGCAAUGAAACUGGUGUGUCAGAGGUUGCAACUCAAAGUUAUGCAGAUAAUUAUGUGAGGUCAACCAAGUAUACACCAAUGACUUUCUUACCAAAAUCAUUGUUUGAACAGUUUAGAAGAGUUGCCAAUUUCUAUUUUCUUGUUACUGGUAUCAUGGCUUUUACACCCCUUGCACCUUACUCUGCUGGUAGUGCUAUCCUUCCUCUUAUCAUUGUCAUUGGUGCUACCAUGGUCAAAGAAGGUAUUGAAGAUUGGCAAAGACAACAACAGGACCACGAGGUGAAUAACCGAAAGGUCAAAGUUCAUGGUGGAAGAGGAGUUUUUGAAUCUAGAGAGUGGAAAAAACUAAGAGUAGGUGACGUAGUGAAGGUAGAAAAGGACGAAUUCUUCCCGGCUGAUCUUCUCUUGCUGUCAUCGAGCUAUGAGGAGGCCGUCUGUUAUGUUGAAACAAUGAACUUAGAUGGGGAAACAAAUUUGAAGCUAAAACAAUCGUUGGAUGCAACUUCUUCAAUUAACGAUGAUUCAAACUUUAACAACUUCAAAGCUACUGUUAAAUGUGAAGAUCCAAAUGCUAGUUUGUAUACUUUCGUUGGAACUAUGGAGUUUCAAGAACAACAGUAUGCACUUUCUCCUCAACAGCUUCUGUUAAGAGAUUCGAAGCUCAGAAACACAGAUUACAUCUAUGGCGCUGUUAUCUUCACAGGUCAUGAUACAAAAGUGAUUCAGAACUCCACAGAUGCACCUUCGAAAAGAAGUGGAAUCGAGAGGAGAAUGGAUAGCAUUAUCUAUUUCUUGUUCUUGAUCUUGUUUCUGAUUGCUUUUCUGGGUUCCAUCUAUUUCGGGAUUGUAACGAAAGAUGAUUUAGAUGGGGACAGGAUGAAACGAUGGUAUUUGGGACCAGAUAGAUCGGAGAUCUUUUUUGAUCCCAAAAGAGCUCCGGUUGCAGCUAUAUAUCACUUCCUCACGGCUUUGAUGUUGUAUAGCUACUUGAUACCAAUUUCUUUAUACGUUUCAAUAGAAAUCGUGAAAGUUCUGCAGACGAUCUUCAUUAACAACGACAUUCAUAUGUACUAUGAAGUAGCUGACAAACCAGCCCAUGCUCGGACCUCAAAUCUAACCGAAGAACUUGGUCAAAUCGACACCAUUUUAUCAGACAAAACCGGAACUUUAACWUGYAACUCAAUGGAGUUCAUCAARUGUUCUGUGGCAGGCACSGCUUAYGGRCGYSRUGUUACAGAAGUUGAGAGAGCUAUGGCCAAACGAACAGGAUCGCCAUUGAUUGUGAAUGGUAGAGAUCAACUUCUUGAUGAUGGCAAUGAUGGUGAUUCCACCUUAUCUGUCAAAGGCUACAAUUUUGAAGAUGAAAGAAUCACAAAUGGCUACUGGAUUCAUGAGCCACAUUCAAAUGUGAUUCAGAAGUUCUUCCGUUUAUUGGCAAUCUGUCAUACGGCCAUACCUGAUGUCGAUGAAGAUACAGGAAAGGUUACAUAUGAAGCUGAAUCGCCAGAUGAGGCUGCUUUCGUGAUAGCAGCAAGAGAACUUGGCUUCGAGUUCUACAAAAGGACACAAACAACCGUCUCUUUUAUGGAGUUAGAUCCCAUAUCCAAGAAAAAAGUCGAAAGGACGUUUGAACUUUUGAACGUUUUAGAGUUUAACAGCGCUCGAAAGCGAAUGUCUGUUAUCGUCAGGGACGAGGAUGGCAAACUACUUCUACUCUGUAAAGGGGCCGACAGUGUUAUGUUCGAUAGACUUGCCAAAAAUGGAAGGCAGUUUGAAGAGAAUACGAAAGCACAUGUGCAUGAUUACGCUGAUGCAGGUUUACGGACCUUAAUACUAGCGUAUCGUGAACUUGCUGAGGAUGAAUACAAGGAAUUCAACAAAAAGUUCAUAGAAGCCAAGAACUCGGUAAGUGCAGACCGAGAUGAUUUGAUUGAUGAAACAACCGAAGAAAUCGAAAAAGAUUUGAUACUUCUCGGUGCCACUGCUGUUGAGGACAAACUCCAAAAAGGGGUACCAGAAUGCAUUGACAAACUUGCUCAAGCAGGAAUCAAGAUAUGGGUUCUCACCGGUGAUAAGAUGGAAACCGCAAUCAAUGUUGGCUUUGCGUGUAGUUUGCUUAGACAAGGAAUGAAACAGAUUAUAGUCACCUUGGAGUCACCAGAAAUCAUAGCAGCGGAAAAAGCCGGGGAGAAAAAUGUAAUUGCAAAGGUUUCGAAAGACAGCGUCAAGAAGCAGAUAAUAGCAGGGAAGGCUCAGCUUGAUGCUUCGUCUUCUGAUCCAUAUGCUUUGAUCAUCGAUGGAAAAUCUUUGGCAUACGCUUUGCACGAUGACAUUAAGAACACGUUUUUGGAUCUCGCUGUUGGCUGUGCGUCCGUUAUUUGCUGUCGUUCUUCGCCAAAACAGAAAGCGCUGGUUACAAGACUUGUUAAAGAGGGAACCGGGAAAACAACUUUAGCGAUCGGUGAUGGGGCAAACGAUGUCGGAAUGCUUCAAGAAGCUGAUAUCGGCAUCGGGAUUAGUGGCGUUGAGGGAAUGCAGGCGGUUAUGUCAAGCGAUAUCGCAAUUGCUCAGUUUCGGUUUCUGGAACGCUUGCUAUUGGUUCACGGACAUUGGUGUUACCGAAGAAUUUCUUCAAUGAUAUGCUACUUUUUCUAUAAGAAUAUUGCGUUCGGAACCACAGUAUUCUUAUAUGAAGCGUAUGCAUCAUUCUCGGGUCAACCUGCAUAUAAUGAUUGGUAUUUAUCGCUUUACAAUGUGUUCUUCACAUCACUUCCAGCCAUUGCAUUGGGUGUUUUCGACCAGGAUGUAUCUGCACGAUUUUGUCUCAAGUUCCCUUUACUAUACCAAGAAGGUGUUCAAAACACCCUCUUCAGAUGGCGUCGGAUAUUUGGCUGGAUGCUCAACGGGCUAGCCAGCGGCGUAAUCAUCUUUUUCCUCUGCAUAAGAGCGUUAGACCCCGAGUCAUACCGAAAGAACGGAAAAACCGCAGGGAUGGAAGUCGUGGGGGCCACAAUCUACACAUGUGUCGUGUGGGUCGUCAACUGCCAAAUGGCACUUGCGGUCAGCUACUUCACCUUAAUCCAACACAUCUUCAUCUGGGGCGGAAUCGUCCUUUGGUACAUCUUUCUCUUGGCAUACGGUGCAAUGCCCGUAAACCUUUCAACAACCGCCUACAAAGUGUUUGUAGAAACACUCGCACCCGCACCGUCGUAUUGGUUCGUGACCAUUUUCGUGGUGAUAGCUGCAUUGAUUCCUUACUACAGCUAUAAAGCGGUUCAGAUGAGAUUCUUCCCGGCUUACCAUGGAAUGAUACAAUGGAUCAGAUACGAAGGUAACACCGAUGAUCCAGAGUAUGUUAACAUGGUGCGACAACGGUCGAUACGGACAACGACGGUCGGGUUCACGGCUCGGUCGAUAGCAAGAGACAACAACUUGUAUCACUUGAACUUGGAGCGACAAGCGCCGGCUAGAUGAUGGUCGCAUAAGCAGUGUUGUUGUAUUGUGGUUGUUGUACAGAAGCCGGAUGGCGUAAACUACAAGAUUUUGGUAGAAAUUUAUAAUUCUUUAAUUAUUAACAAGAUAAGAUAAUGGUGGAGCAAUUUCCUUGUGAAGUUUUGUUGUAAAUUUGGGAAGUUGUGUAUAGAUUUUGAAGAAAAGAAUCAUCAUCUUUUACCA